AUGACACGGACACACCGGGCGGGAAGGAUGGCUCUAACCAGCCGCGAAAUGUUGUGCUUGAUCGGAACCGCCUGCUUCUGGCUGCCGUUGCUCGCGGAGGUGGUGGCUGAGGACAGUUACUUAAACGAGGUGCAGAACUCAGUGCCUCUGUCCUGCUCUGAGGGAUUCACAGAGUUGGGAUACUACAACGGCACCGUGUCUCAGACGGACUCUGGCGCCCCCUGUCUGAAAUGGACCGAGUUUCCGGACUACGUCAUGCAGUACCCGGGCCGAGGGCUGGGCGACCACAGCUACUGCAGGAACCCGGACCGAGAGUCCAACCCCUGGUGUUUCUUCAGGCAGAACUCUGGAGCCAUCGGAUGGGCCUACUGCGACUGCCACCAGGGUGCAGCUCGUCUGGUUGGCAGCUCGUCCUCGGGCAGUGGGCGUGUCGAGGUGUACCUGAACGGCCAGUGGGGGGCGGUGUGUGACUCUCACUGGUCAGACAGAGAUGCCAGCGUGAUCUGCAGGCAGCUGGGUCUGGGCGACAUCGGCACCGCGCUGCAGCACUCGCAGUUCGGCUCCGGCUCCGGCCUCUUCCACUACGAGCGCCUGGGUUGCCGUGGCGACGAGAACAGUCUGAGUAAGUGUCGGAGCAGGACGUUCGUCACUGGUGACUGUAGCCAUGGAAACGAGGCAGCAGUGGUGUGCGCGCCGCCGGAAGGCAGUGGCCCUCCCCUGCGAUUGGUCGGAGGCGAGGAAGACUUUGAAGGUCGUGUGGAGGUGUUUCACGCAGGAAGGUGGGGCUCCGUCUGCGACGACCAGUGGGACGACAGAGAUGCGGAGGUGGUGUGCAGACAGCUGGGUUUCGGGGGUGUGGCGAAGGCCUGGUCAUGGGCUCACUUCGGUCAGGGUUCAGGCCCGAUCCUGCUGGAUGCUGUGAAGUGCACAGGAAACGAGCUCUUCCUGGAUCAGUGUCCCCAUGGCGACUGGGAGCAGCACAACUGUGACCACAUGGAGGAUGCUGGGGUCUCCUGCAGCCCCUAUACAGAUGGCGUGGUGCGUCUGGUCGGAGGAGACAGUCCCUGGGAGGGUCGGGUCGAGGUUUUCCACAACGGUGACUGGGGGACGGUGUGUGACGACCGCUGGUCCCAGCAGCAUGCAGAGGUGGUCUGCAGACAGCUGGGCUACAGGGGUCACGCUGAGGUCGUAUCAGACGGGACGUUCGGCGAGGGCGUCGGUCUGAUCCUCCUGGACGACAUCCACUGCGAGGGGUCUGAGACCUCCCUGCUGGACUGCCGACACGGGAUCUGGGGGCGGACUGACUGCUCCCACAGCGAGGAUGUCGGUGUUCGCUGCAGGGCCCGAUCCAGCCAAGACAGCAACGAAGUGCCAGUUAUCGCACCUUCCACAGGUCCUCUGGUGCGUCUUGUGGGUGGCAGCAGCAGAAAGGAGGGACGAGUCGAGGUGUAUCUCCAUGGCGACUGGGGAAGCAUCUGUGACUCAGGCUGGAACGACCUGAAUGCAGCCGUGGUGUGCAGACAGCUUGGACACAGUGGUGGAGCGGUAGCAGCUGGAGGGUUCGGACAGGGAAAAGGGCCCAUCCACCUGGACCAGGUGAGGUGCACGGGGAAGGAGGAGUUCCUGGGAGAGUGUCCCUCUCUGGGUCAGAGCAUCCAGGGCUGCAGACGCAGGGAGGAUGCAGGGGUGAGGUGCGACGUCGCGCCGCAGGAGGCGGCGGUACAGGCCAAGCCUCAAGAGCUAAGCUGUGGGCUGAGGAAGCUGGUGGAGGAAGAGGGCAAGAGGAGGAAGCAGGGGGAGGAAAACAUGCUCAGGACCACGUGGCCAUGGCAGGUGUCAGUGUGGCUCCAGUCUCAAGGAGAAGAUGGUGGUCCCCUCUGCAGCGGCACUCUGAUCAGCCCCUGCUGGGCCCUGACGUCCGCAUACUGUGUCAGCAGAUUUGGCAGCGACCCGUCCAGGUACGUGGUGCGUGUCGGGGCCUCGGAGCAGACUCUCACCCCGGAGCAGGUGGUGGUUCACAGGAAGUUCAAGGGUCAGAGUGGAGGUCACGAUCUGGCUUUGUUGAAGCUACCCAGCACGAAGGGUCACUGUUUGACCUUUGACCCCAACACCAACGCAGCAUGCCUUCCCUCUGCAGACUCAGCAUCAGGGGGAAAUUCUCCAUCCUCCUGUGUUGUCAUGGUUACCGCUGGUUGGACUGGACCAGACUCAGUCCUUGCAUCCUGGGUCCCUCUGAUGUCGUCAUGGCAAUGUAAAAAGCGCUAUGGCGACAGCUUCUCCAGCCACGGCACCCUGUGUGCCGGCAGCCCUCCAGACACCAGCCUCCUCCAUGGCGACGGUUGCCAGGGCAACUCCGGAGGCGGGCUGGUGUGUCAGGGGGAGAUGGGUCGAUGGGUGCUCACUGGGGUCGUCGCCGGGGGCUACGGCUGCGGAGACCCCACCUCGCCGUCGCUGUACACUCGGGUCAGCCGCUUCAGGAGCUGGAUCGAUGAGGUCACCGACGCGCGAGCGGAGGAACAGCGCACACACACAAAGACGCAAGAAGAUCUGACACACGUCGGCGAAGACCCGACACACACAUACGCCGAGGGCAAGGAUAAAUACCUCCACGUGCACGGCAAGCUGAAGCACACGCACGAUCAACAAGAAACGAAUGAAAUCAAUGAUAUCAAACAAACACACACUCAUCAUACACACACCAGUCAGCACAUUAACACACACACCAAAAGCACACAUAACCACCAUGUAGAGGAUGCCGACAGAAACACACAAAUCCUGGUCUGA